AUGUCUUACGUCUCCCCCUUCCUCAAUCCAGGGCAGUACAUCACAAACCUUAAUAAUCUUUCUUCUGAAAGCAUUGCCAUCGACGAAGGGGUGGCUCGUGCUGUUCGUGAAGCAAGAGAAUUCUCUAAUAAAUAUUCUUCCAAUUUUUCUCAUGCCGCUCAACUAAAAGACACGCUGGAGCAAUUCGAACCGAGAUUGUGCGUCGUCUAUGUCAGCCUGGUUAAGACGUUGAGUAUACCCAUUGCGUACCUACAUGGUCCUUCUGAAGAUGCCCAGGAUGUCAUUGCCGAAUUUCAGUCCUUCUCAAGUGAGGAGCGCCCCACUAGCAAGUACCAGCUGGGUAGUACCCCUGGACCAAAGAAGGCAUUUGAAGAAAUUGAAUCCUUAGCGGAAAGAGAGAGCAAGCAUGUUAGUGAUGUCCUACAAGACUCGAACGAUUGGCAUAAAGCUAUUGCGGAGUUGAAAAAAGAUUUGCCAAACGUUCAGAAUGGGGUCAAGAAGAUUGCAGAUGCAUUGGAGAAAUACGCUACCAAGCUUGGCUGA